UAUUCUCAGAAUAUCGCUGAAUUGCACCACUUCGUGUUAUUGAGAACGUUUCUAGCGUCACUUCUGCAACGGGUUGGAAAUCCAUCCGUUACAAUGACAUCUAAAAUGAACGGGAUUAAGUCGCAUUGGUUUUAUUUAUUCCUCUUUUGGUUUCAUACCGCAUAUGGAGACAUUAGCUAUUCGUUUCCAGAGGAGAUGAAACCAGGAUCUGUUAUUGGAAAUAUAGCCAAGGACCUCGGGCUGGAAACGGGCGUUUUAAGCCACAGGAAAGCCCGCAUCGACACCGACGGCACCGACCACCGGUACUGUGACAUAAACCUGAGGAACGGAGAGCUGAUUGUUUCCGACAGGAUUGACCGAGAGGGGCUUUGUGCUAAAAAGGCUUCGUGUAUCCUGAAACAAGAGCUUGUGCUGGAGAAUCCUCUGGAGCUCCACCGCAUUAGCCUACACAUUCAAGACAUUAAUGAUAAUUCGCCGCAGUUUAAAAAUGACGGAAUUGAUCUAGAAAUGCAAGAAUCGACAGUCAGGGGUGCUCGUUUCGUGAUAGAGGAGGCGCAUGAUGCGGAUGUAGGACAAAAUUCCGUGCAGCAAUAUAGUCUUAAAAAGAAUGAGAAUUUCGUUUUGGUCAUUAAUGGAAACAGUGUAGAGCUUGUUCUUGAUAAAGAGCUUGAUCGAGAAAAACAGCAGGACAUUAAAUUGGUGCUUACAGCUCUAGAUGGUGGCUCUCCUCAGAGAUCAGGUACAGUGGUCAUACACGUUAACGUGCUGGACACAAAUGAUAACGCCCCAGUGUUUAGUCAGUCCGUUUAUAAAGCCAGUCUGCCUGAAAACUCUCCUCUAGAUACUGUAGUGGUCACAGUGAGUGCAACUGAUGCAGAUGAAGGAGUCAAUGGAGAUGUGAGUUAUGACUUUGGUCAUGUAACUGAUGAUGUGAAGCAACUAUUCAGUAUUAACCCUAAAACUGGUGAGAUACGUGUAAUUGGUAAUGUUGACUAUGAAACUACCACAUCAUUUGAAAUACGAGUCCAAGCAAAAGAUGGAUUAGGCUUAUCAUCUUAUGCCACAUUAAUAAUAUCUGUCACUGAUGUUAAUGACAAUUCCCCUGUGAUCGGUUUAAAAUCUCUGUCUAGUCCCAUAUCAGAAGACACCCCUCCUGGUACAGAGGUGGGCAUCAUUAAUGUACAGGAUAGAGACUCAGAAAGGAACAGACAGGUCCGCUGCUCCAUUCAGCAAGGUGUCCCUUUUAAGUUAAUUCCUUCUAUUAAAAACUACUAUUCUCUGGUGACCACAGAACAACUGGACCGUGAACUAGUGUCUGAUUACAACAUUACAAUCACUGCCACUGACGAGGGCUCUCCACCUCUGUCCUCCUCUAAAACUGUUCAGUUAUCUGUAGCUGACAUCAAUGACAACCCACCUGUGUUUGAGGAGCAGUCCUACAGCGCAUAUGUGACUGAAAAUAACAAACCUGGAUCCACUUUAUGUUCCGUUACUGCUCGAGACCUGGACUGGAGACAAAACGGUACAGUGAUUUAUUCUCUGUUACCUGGUGAGGUGAACGGUGCCCCGGUGUCCUCCUAUCUGUCUGUGAAUGGAGACACGGGAGUGAUCCACGCUGUGAGGUCUUUUGAUUAUGAACAGUUCAGGAGUUUUAAAGUUCACGUGAUGGCCAGAGAUAACGGUUCUCCUCCGCUCAGCAGCAACGUGACAGUCAGUGUGUUUGUAUCAGAUGUGAAUGACAACUCUCCUCAGAUACUGUACCCCACCCCGGAGGGAAACUCCUUCAUGACUGAGCUGGUCCCCAAAGCUGCCCACGGAGGCUCUCUGGUGUCCAAAGUGAUAGCUGUGGACGCGGACUCUGGACAGAACGCCUGGCUGUCCUAUCAAAUAGUCAAAUCCACUGAUCCUGGCCUUUUUACUAUUGGACUCCACAGUGGAGAGAUCAGGACACAGCGGGACAUUUCUGAAUCUGACAACAUGAAACAGAACCUUAUUGUGUCAGUGAAAGAUAACGGACAGCCUCCUCUCUCUGCCACCUGUGCCAUGUAUUUACUUAUUUCUGAUAACUUGGCUGAGGUUCCAGAACUGAAAGACAUUUCCUAUGAUGAGAAGAAUUCUAAGUUGACCUCAUACCUCAUCAUAGCACUGGUGUCAGUUUCUACAAUUUUCCUUACCUUUAUCAUCAUCGUCAUGGGUGUGAGGUUUUGUCGGCGGAGAAAGCCCAGGCUGUUGUUUGAUGGAGCAGUUGCAAUUCCCAGCGCUUAUUUGCCUCCAAAUUACGCAGAUGUUGAUGGAACAGGAACUCUACGCAGCACCUACAAUUAUGACGCCUAUUUGACAACAGGAUCUAGAACCAGUGACUUUAAGUUCGUCUCAUCUUAUAAUGACAACACCCUACCUGCAGAUGAGACUCUGAAAAAAAGUCCAAUGGAUUUUGCUGAUAUGUUUGGAGAUAGUGAUGGUUCCCCUGAGCUUACUUUGCGUUCCUGUACUCCUCUUCGUUUGUCUAGAUACUCACAGAAUAUCGCUGAAUUGCAGCACUUCGUGUUAUUGAGAACGUUUAUAGCGUCACUUCUGCAACGGGUUGGAAAUCCAUCCGUCACAAUGGGGUCUAAAAUAAGCGGGAUAAAGUCGAGUUGGCUUUAUUUAUUCCUCUUUUGGUUUCGUACCGCCCAUGGAGACAUCAGCUAUUCGUUUCCAGAGGAGAUGAAACCAGGAUCUGUUAUUGGAAAUAUAGCCAAGGACCUCGGGCUGGAAACGGGCGUUUUGAGCCACAGGAAAGCCCGCAUCGACACCGACGGCACCGACCACCGGUACUGUGACAUAAACCUGAGGAACGGAGAGCUGAUUGUUUCCGACAGGAUUGACCGAGAGGGGCUUUGUGCUAAAAAGGCUUCGUGUAUCCUGAAACAAGAGCUUGUGCUGGAGAAUCCUCUGGAGCUCCACCGCAUUAGCCUACACAUUCAAGACAUUAAUGAUAAUUCGCCGCAGUUUAAUGAUGACAAGAUCGAUCUGGAAAUUCAAGAAUCCACAGACAGGGGUGCUCGUUUCCUGAUAGAGGAGGCGCAUGAUGCGGAUGUGGGACAGAAUUCCGUGCAGCAAUAUAGUCUUAAAAAGAAUGAGAAUUUCGUUUUGGUCGUUAAUGGAAACACCGUAGAGCUUGUUCUUGAUAAAGAGCUUGACCGUGAAAAACAGCAGGAAAUUAAUUUGGUGCUUACAGCUCUAGAUGGUGGCUCUCCUCAGAGAUCAGGUACAGUGGUCAUACAUGUCAAUGUACUGGAUGCUAAUGAUAACAGCCCAGUGUUUAGUCAGCCCGUUUAUAAAGCCAGUCUGCCUGAAAACUCUCCUCUAGAUACUGUAGUGGUCACAGUGAGUGCAACUGAUGCAGAUGAAGGAGUCAAUGGAGAUGUGAGUUAUGACUUUGGUCAUGUAACUGAUGAGGUGAAGCAACUAUUCAGUAUUAACCCUAAAACUGGUGAAAUACAUGUAAUUGGUAAUGUUGACUAUGAAACUACCACAUCAUUUGAAAUACGAGUAAAGGCAAAAGAUGGAUUAGGUCUGUCAUCACACGCCACAUUAAUAAUAUCUGUCACUGAUGUUAAUGACAAUUCCCCUGUGAUCAGUUUAAAAUCUCUGUCUAGUCCCAUAUCAGAAGACACUCCUUCUGGUACAGAGGUGGGCAUCAUUAAUGUACAGGAUAGAGACUCAGAAAGGAACAGACAGGUCCGCUGUUCCCUUCAACAAGGUGUCCCUUUUAAGUUAGUUCCUUCUAUUAAAAACUACUAUUCUCUGGUGACCACAGAACAACUGGACCGUGAACUAGUGUCUGAUUACAACAUUACAAUCACUGCCACUGACAAGGGCUCUCCACCUCUGUCCUCCUCUAAAACUGUUCAGUUAUCUGUAGCUGACAUCAAUGACAACCCACCUGUGUUUGAGGAGCAGUCCUACAGCGCAUAUGUGACUGAAAAUAACAAACCUGGAUCCACGUUAUGUUCCGUUACUGCUCGAGACCCCGACUGGAGACAAAACGGUACAGUGAUUUAUUCUCUGUUACCUGGUGAGGUGAACGGUGCCCCGGUGUCCUCCUAUCUGUCUGUGAAUGGAGACACGGGAGUGAUCCACGCUGUGAGGUCUUUUGAUUAUGAACAGUUCAGGAGUUUUAAAGUUCAUGUGAUGGCCAGAGAUAACGGUUCUCCUCCGCUCAGCAGCAAUGUGACAGUCAGUGUGUUUAUAUCAGAUGUGAAUGACAACUCUCCUCAGAUACUGUACCCCACCCCGGAGGGAAACUCCUUCAUGACUGAGCUGGUCCCCAAAGCUGCCCACGGAGGCUCUCUGGUGUCCAAAGUGAUAGCUGUGGAUGCGGACUCUGGACAGAACGCCUGGCUGUCCUAUCAAAUAGUCAAAUCCACUGAUCCUGGCCUUUUUACUAUUGGACUCCACAGUGGAGAGAUCAGGACACAGCGGGACAUUUCUGAAUCUGACAACAUGAAACAGAACCUUAUUGUGUCAGUGAAAGAUAACGGACAGCCUCCUCUCUCUGCCACCUGUGCCAUGUAUUUACUUAUUUCUGAUAACUUGGCUGAAGUUCCAGAGCUGAAAGACAUUUCUUAUGAUGAGAAGAAUUCUAAGUUGACCUCAUACCUCAUCAUAGCACUGGUGUCAGUUUCUACAAUUUUCCUUACCUUUAUGAUCAUCGUCAUGGGUGUGAGGUUUUGUCGGCGGAGAAAGCCCAGGCUGUUGUUUGAUGGAGCAGUUGCAAUUCCCAGCGCUUAUUUGCCUCCAAAUUAUGCAGAUGUUGAUGGAACAGGAACUCUACGCAGCACCUACAAUUAUGACGCCUACUUGACAACAGGAUCUAGAACCAGUGACUUUAAGUUUGUCUCAUCUUAUAAUGACAACACCCUACCUGCCGAUGAGACUCUGAAAAAAAGUCCAACGGAUUUUGCUGAUAUGUUUGGAGAUAGUGAUGGUUCCCCUGAGGUAGGCACAUAUUUCGAAUAA